AACCACUUUCUCCACCAUUAAUCUUCCUCAUUUCCUCUCCUCCUCCUCCUCCUGAUCUGAAAGCUCACACACAGACAUUCUACUACAUUGUGUUCAUCAGUUCAUCAUCAGAAAGAGGGAAGCAGAGUACUCAUCCAAUCCACCGUACGUCUUCAAUCAAUCAAUCAAAGACGAAGUCAAAGACGCCUUCCAGUACUCCCAGUGAAGAGAGUACUCAGAGACGAAAGAAUGUCGACGAUGUACACAGUGAAGGUUGAAGAAUCGACACCGGCGGCUGGAGGAAAACCUUCUGCGGGGCCUGUCUAUCGCUGCAUAUACGCUAAGGAUGGUCUCCUGGAGUUGCCUCCCGACAUUGAAUCUCCUUGGGAGCUCUUCAGCCAUUCCUUUAAAAGGAACAGUGAAAACCAGAUGCUGGGCCGCCGGAAGGUCGUUGGUGACAAGGCGGGUCCAUACGUAUGGUACACUUACCAGCAGGUUUAUGACCAAGCCAUCAAAAUUGGGUCUGCCAUCAGAAACCGCAACGUUAAUCCUGGUGGUCGUUGUGGCAUAUACGGAUCCAACUGCCCUGAGUGGAUAAUAGCAAUGGAGGCUUGUAACAGCCACGGCAUAUAUUAUGUUCCUCUAUAUGACACCCUGGGUGAGAAUGCAGUGGAGUUCAUCAUCAACCAUGCUGAAGUCUCGAUUAUCUUUGUUCAUGAGAAAAAGAUUCAAGCAAUGCUCAGGUCCAUUAAAAAAUGCACUUCACAUCUAAAAACACUCAUCAGUUUUGGAAAGAUUACUAAUGCACAAAAGAAAGAAGCUGAACAAGUUGGGGUGUCCUGCUUCUCUUGGGAAGAAUUUUCCUUAACUGGGAGCAUGGACUGUAAACUUCCUCCAACAAAAAAGGGCGACAUAUGCACAAUAAUGUAUACUAGUGGAACAACUGGAGACCCUAAAGGUGUCCUACUGACUAAUGAGGCUAUCAUGGCUGAAGUGUUGUCCAUGGAUCAACUGAUUCUAGAAACUGGUAAACCGGUGACAGAAGAAGACACAUACUUUUCGUUCCUCCCAUUGGCCCAUGUAUUUGAUCAGAUAGUUGAAAAUUAUUGCAUCCACAGGGGUGCUUCCAUAGGAUUUUGGCAAGGGGAUGUCAGGUAUUUAUUUGAAGACAUUCAGGAACUGAAGCCAACAAUAUUCUGUGGGGUACCUCGAGUAUUUGACCGUCUAUGCACAGGUAUUCUUGAUAAAAUUUCAUCGGGAGGAGCACUGAAGAAGGGGUUAUUCCAAUGGGCUUACAACUACAAAUUGAAAAAUUUGAAGAAUGGAUUCAAACAACAUGAAGCAGCCCCUCUCUUUGACAGACUAGUCUUUGAAAAGAUCAAGCAAGCACUAGGGGGUCGAGUCCACAUCAUCAUAUCUGGAGCUGCACCAUUACCUCUACAAGUGGAAGAGUUUCUGAGAGUAACAAGCUGCAGUCUCUUGUCACAAGGAUAUGGUCUUACAGAAAGUUGUGGGGGAUGUUUUGCUUCCAUAGCAGAUGUUUUCUCUAUGAUUGGAACAGUGGGGGUUCCCAUGACAACCAUAGAAGCGAGACUUGAGUCAGUGCCUGAGAUGGGAUAUGAUGCACUGUCCAAAAUGCCACGUGGAGAAAUUUGCCUGAGGGGAAGAACCUUAUUCUCUGGUUACUACAAGCGACAAGAUCUGACAGAUGAAGUCAUUGUGGAUGGGUGGUUUCAUACAGGUGACAUUGGAGAAUGGCAGCCUAACGGGACAAUGAAAAUCAUUGACAGGAAGAAGAAUAUUUUUAAGCUGUCCCAAGGAGAAUAUAUUGCCGUGGAGAACAUCGAAAGUAUAUAUGGUCAAUGCCCUCUUGUGACAUCAAUUUGGGUCUACGGGAACAGCUUUGAGUCCUUCCUUGUGGCUGUGGUGGUCCCUGAAAGAAAGGCAGUUGAAGAUUGGGCAGCAAUCCACAAUGAGACUGGAGAUUUCAAAUCAUUGUGCACAGACCCAAAAGCAAGGAAGUAUAUUCUAGACGAGCUCAACAAAACUGGUCAGAAACAUAAUCUUAGAGGUUUUGAGAUGCUAAAGGCAAUUCAUUUGGAGCCAAAUCCUUUUGACACGGAGAGGGAUUUGAUAACCCCAACAUUCAAACUGAAAAGGCCUCAGCUACUUAAGUUCUACAGGGGGGUCCCUGGAGCCCACCCAUGUUUGCCAUGGCAAAGGAGCACAACCUUGUGACAAAUACAAAUUUCACGAAACUUGGAGAAGUAUAUCUAUAAUUUAAUCCUACGAAGAACAAAAGUGCUUUCAUGAGGUUUGUGUAAAAUGGUAGGACAUUAUUGCUUCUAUUGGUUCUGUUUUAUGCCUUUGAUGAUGCUCAUACUGUCAUUGUUUGCAGGACUGUAUUGAUCAACUGUAUAAUGAAGCCAAGGCCA